UGGAUGCAUGUGGGGAGAGCCACGUCGAAGAAGAAUCCAGCGGUGUCUGAAGCAGUGCACGGUGUACAUAUUACCUGCUGUUCCUGCGUUUGCGAGUCCCGGACUGCGUGACGGACUUCAACGGAAUGGCCAAGAGUGCGAGCCAAGCGGUGACCGGCUGGGAGAGCGGCUUCGUUCCACAGGUCAAGUGCAAAGUAGGAGUGCCUCGAACGUCACUGUCCAGCGGUCGGGACCAUGGGAACCUUCUUUGGCCACGCCUUGCCCGGAACCUUCCUGUUCAUUUUGGGAACUCUGUGGGCCUUUUUCGCCUGGCGCAACUACGUCCGCAGCAGGGAGCAAAAGCGGCCCUACGUCUGCCGUUGCUCGUACCCGAUACCCGGUCUGUCUCAGCGCUUCAGCUUCGAAGGCAUCGCUAAGAUUGUCACCUGCUCUGUGGGUAUUGCCAACGAGGUGGCCGCGGGCAUAGAGAGCGGCUACUUCGUUCAUAUGGACAGCGCUCAGCACAUCUCCAUGUACUUUUUCUAUCUGCUCAGCGGUGUCGUCGACGUCAUGACCAACGUCCGCUUCCCUUUCCCGCCGUACACCGACUACGCGGUGCUCCUGCUGGCCGUCACCGUCGAGGGCCUGCUGUUCCACUUCCACCUGCACGGAAGAGCCCAGCUGGACGUUCUGGUCCACACGCUCCUGGUCUACAUCACCGUGGCCGAGGCGGCCUGCAUCCUCGCCGAGAUGUGUCGACCCCGAAGCGUGCUGGCGUCCCUGGGUCGCGCGUGCUUUUGCCUGUUGCAGGCAACGUGGUUCUGGCAGAUCGGAUUCAUCCUUUACAGCCCGCUACCCAAACAUCCGCCAUGGGAUGUGCAUAGCCACUCGGACAUGAUGCUGGCCGCCAGCGUGUUCACCUGGCACAUCGUGGCUGUGCUGGCGUAUCUCGGCGCUUUGGGCGCCGUGGCUUGGGCCGUGAACCGAACGUGCGGCAGGUGCUGCGAAGAUGCCUCCGCGGUGCUUCAAGACGACGAUGACCUCUGCCAAGCCCUUGUUAAAGAGUAGCCGAUGAAGUCUGCCGGCCGGGAGCUGUCCGCGGGUCACGGCGCGCCGAAGCUCAGUCACAGGGGUAAUUCUACGCAUGGCUGCCAGUGGCUGUUUUCGAGCAGACGCUCUCUCGACGCUAGCGCCGAGGUCCCCUUCAGUUACGGCCCUAACGGCAGGGCGACGCAGAAGCAAAAUGGCGGCACACGCGGUUGUUUACGUUGUCAUGGCAACAGGAACAGCAGCCGCACGGUGCCUCCUCUCCCAAACGUUUUUCUUUUCUUUUUGUUUUUAUUAUGCCAACCCGCUCCGCUCCCUUUUGCCCAUGCCGCGCACGCCGCUUACUUUGUUGUUUGCUUUUACCUGUGCGCGGCGCGUUGUGUUUUCUUUUUUCUCAAUCGCGCGCGCUGCGCCGCGCAUUGGCAUUGCUAGCGAAAUGGCGCGUAGUGCGUCUUGGGCUAUGCGUUGGCACGCACGCAGUCUCGCCCAUACUUAUAUUAUACCAACAUGUACCGGGACAUUGGAUUUGGAUUGUAAAACUAUAUUUGAGCAACACAUGUAGGGAAGGCUUUAAGCCUCCGCACCUAGACGACGGCCAGGAGUCCUUGGAACCUAGCGCCGGUUUCGGCCAGUCGGACGGUCUUCAGUUGAAUCUCCGGAUCGGAGCUGAGUAAUAAGGUCUCCCAUUGUUCUAAACACUUUAUUCUUCCCUCAGAGGGAGCCUGCGGGCAUUCCCACAGAAUGUGAUUA